AUGUCUGGUCGCGGGAAGCAGGGAGGCAAGGCCCGCGCCAAGGCCAAGUCGCGCUCGUCCCGCGCCGGCCUGCAGUUCCCGGUGGGCCGAGUGCACCGCCUGCUGCGCAAGGGCAACUACGCCGAGCGGGUGGGGGCCGGCGCGCCGGUGUACAUGGCCGCGGUGCUGGAGUACCUGACGGCGGAAAUCCUGGAGCUGGCGGGGAACGCGGCCCGAGACAACAAGAAGACGCGCAUCAUCCCCCGCCAUUUGCAGCUAGCCGUGAGAAACGACGAAGAGCUCAACAAGUUACUUGGGGGGGUCACCAUUGCCCAGGGCGGCGUCUUGCCCAAUAUCCAGGCGGUCUUGUUGCCCAAGAAAACGGAGAGUCACAAGCCUGGCAAAAACAAGUAAUUAGGAAGGUCGAGACCAUCCCCACUAACCCCAAAGGCUCUUUUAAGAGCCACCAAAAUGUCAAUGGAGGGGCUGAUAACGAAAUAGCGCAUUAGCUCUUUUUUUGAAAACUUGGGUGGCUCUAAAAAGAGCCUUUGGUCUUUGGCUUAUCAGUGUUUUAUUUACUUUUGGCUUUGUGGCUUUCAGUUUUCUUUGGUAAGAGAACGGCCUGGAUGUUGGGCAAAACGCCGCCCUGGGCGAUGGUGACUUUGCCCAACAGCUUGUUCAGCUCCUCGUCGUUGCGG